AAGGGCUUCCCCUCCACCACUUUUUCUCAUCACAUCCUCGAAGACCUACCUCUAUCUCUCUCUUCCUCUUUCUCUCUCUCGCUGGGUAAUGCUUCAGAAGAAGGAUACACGAAAAAUGGGUUCUUAUGUGUGGACUCUGUUACUGGGUUUCUUAUUUAUUGUCCCCGGAACCAUGGGAGCUCCUCCGAGGAAGCCUGUUGAUGUGCCAUUUGGUAGAAACUACGUGCCCACAUGGGCUUUUGAUCACAUUAAGUACUUCAAUGGAGGCUCUGAGAUUCAGCUCCAUCUUGACAAAUAUACAGGUACUGGUUUCCAAUCCAAGGGUUCGUACUUGUUCGGCCACUUCAGUAUGCAAAUCAAGUUGGUUCCUGGGGAUUCUGCCGGAACAGUUACUGCCUUCUAUCUAUCAUCUCAAAACUCGGAGCAUGAUGAAAUAGACUUCGAGUUCUUAGGUAACAGGACGGGGCAGCCUUACAUUUUACAGACAAAUGUCUUCACAGGAGGGAAGGGCGACAGAGAACAGAGGAUUUAUCUUUGGUUUGACCCAACCCAAGCUUACCACUCCUACUCCGUUCUCUGGAAUCUGUAUCAGAUUGUGUUCUUUGUGGACGACGUACCCAUAAGGGUGUUCAAGAACUGCAAAGAUUUGGGACUGAGAUUCCCAUUCAACCAACCCAUGAAGAUCUACUCCAGCCUCUGGAACGCCGAUGACUGGGCUACAAGGGGCGGCCUCGAGAAGACAGACUGGUCCAAGGCACCCUUCAUCGCCGCCUACAAGAGCUUCCACAUCGACGGCUGCGAGGCGUCGGUGGAGGCUAAGUUCUGCGCCACUCAGGGCAAAAGAUGGUGGGAUCAGAAGGAGUUCCAAGACCUUGACGCUUAUCAAUACGGACGCCUGCAGUGGGUCCGUACCAAAUACACCAUUUACAACUACUGCACUGACAGAGUCAGAUACCCUUCUAUCUCACCAGAGUGCAAGCGAGACAGAGAUAUAUGAUUGAUUCCUGAAGCCUGAUACUACUGCUACUACUACCAUUUGUUUUAUUUACCAUAUUAAGUUAUGGGGGGAUAUCUCUUUCUCAUUCGUUAUUUUCCAUGAAUGUUCGAUCCACUGUGGUUUAUUAUCACCUGGGUUUCUGAUAUUUAAAUGGGUGUUUGUGUAAUCUGUGUAAACUACUGUCAAGAUUUAUGUUGUCCAGCUUGCAUGUGGACUAUA